AAAGGGAAAGAACAAGAAUCCCAGAAAGUAGAAAAAAUUAAAAACAGAAGCAUGGCACUUCAAAUGAGCAUGGAAUUGCCUCAGAAAGGAGAAUUGGUGAAGCAAGGAGCCGAAGCUCGUAUAUACCGGAGAACGUUUUUGGGCAAACCGACUAUUGUGAAAGAAAGGUUCCCGAAAUUGUACAGGCAUCCUAUUUUAGACGAAAAGCUCACACACCGCAGAACUGUUCAAGAGGUACGCUCAAUACUCCGUUGCAGAAAAGCAGGCAUAUUGGCACCAGUGGUUUACUUCGUGGACUAUGCCUCCCACUGCAUCUUCCUUGAGGACAUAGUGGGCUCCAUCACCGUCGGAGACCACAUUGCUGCCAUCCACCUUGCCCGGGAAAACCGGGAAGCACAUCUGGGCCAACUUGCCCAGAAGAUGGGUCAGAUCCUGGCAAGGAUGCAUGACGAGGACGUAGUCCACGGAGAUCUUACUACAUCCAAUAUGCUACUGAAGUCCAGUGCAGAGAGUGGGGAAAUUGAUCUGGUUCUUAUCGACUUUGGAUUGAGCUACAUCUCUGCCUUACCUGAGGAUAAAGGAGUAGACAUGUAUGUGCUGGAGAAAGCCUUUCUGAGCACCCACCCCAACACAGAAGCCAUGUUUGAGAAGCUGCUGAAGAGCUAUGCAGCCUCAUCCAAGAAAUCCUUAGCAGUCAUUAAAAAGCUUGACGAAGUUAGGUUGAGAGGAAGGAAGAGGUCAAUGGUUGGUUGAAAUUAACUAAAUUGAUUAAAAAACACUCGCUUGACAGAGUAAGAUGUGGUUGAAAAGUAACCACUGCUGUCUGCAAAUACCUUUUUGUAAUAAAUUAUUUGGUUCUGUU